CGUUAUUGCGCCAUCAGUUGAAGAUUCGAAAACGAUCAUACCGUGUGUCAAGUGAAGUUUUUCUCAAAGCGAUCUUCUAAGCGUUUAUUCUGCGAUUAUUUUACUAGUGCGAAUUUUAUCUUUUCAACAGUUUUUUACAUCGUGAACGUCAGUGCAAUUUGCGGAGUUUUUGUGCCGUAUCAAUCACCGCAAAUAAUUUGUGCUCUAGUAUUUCAGUGACUGUGAACUUUUUAACAACUUCAAAAUGAAAACCCCGGCAAUUGGAAUCGAUUUGGGAACCACCUACAGCUGCGUUGGUGUCUGGCAGCAGGGCAAAGUUGAAAUUAUUGCCAACGACCAAGGUAACAGAACGACUCCUAGCUAUGUUGCCUUUACCGACACUGAAAGAUUGAUCGGAGAUGCUGCCAAAAAUCAAGUUGCUAUGAACCCAAAGAACUCUGUUUUUGAUGCUAAACGUCUCAUCGGCAGAAAAUUUGAUGACCCAAAAAUCCAAGCAGACAUGAAACAUUGGCCUUUCACAGUGAUCAACGACUGUGGCAAACCCAAAAUCCAAGUCGAAUACAAAGGGGAAGUCAAGAAAUUUGCCCCUGAAGAAGUCAGUUCAAUGGUCCUGACCAAAAUGAAGGAGACUGCGGAAGCCUUCCUCGGUGACAAAGUUCGAGAUGCAGUCAUCACCGUCCCUGCAUACUUCAACGACUCGCAAAGACAAGCAACCAAAGACGCAGGAGCUAUCGCAGGGCUGAAUGUUUUGCGAAUCAUCAAUGAACCCACUGCUGCCGCUCUAGCAUAUGGUCUGGACAAAAACUUAAAAGGUGAAAGGAAUGUCUUAAUUUUUGAUUUGGGUGGUGGCACCUUCGAUGUUUCCAUUUUGACAAUUGAUGAAGGUUCCUUGUUCGAAGUGAAGUCAACUGCUGGUGAUACCCAUCUUGGUGGUGAAGACUUUGACAAUCGCCUUGUCAACCAUCUGGCAGAUGAAUUCAAGCGAAAGUACAAGAAGGAUCUCAAAACAAACCCCAGAGCACUCCGUCGAUUGAGGACUGCAGCCGAACGAGCCAAGCGUACUCUAUCCUCCAGCACAGAAGCAAGUAUCGAAAUUGAUGCUCUCUUCGACGGAGUUGAUUUCUACACCAAAGUAUCCCGAGCAAGGUUUGAAGAGCUCUGUUCUGACCUGUUUCGAUCAACUCUAGCUCCUGUCGAGAAAGCUUUGACCGACGCUAAAAUGGAUAAAUCCGCUAUUCAUGAUGUCGUUCUGGUCGGAGGCUCCACCCGGAUUCCGAAGGUACAGUCAUUGCUUCAAAACUUCUUCUGCGGCAAAUCUUUGAACCUUUCGAUUAAUCCGGAUGAAGCUGUCGCUUAUGGUGCUGCUGUUCAAGCUGCCAUUUUGAGCGGCGACACAAGCUCUCAGAUCCAAGAUGUGCUGUUGGUAGAUGUCGCUCCUCUCUCACUCGGUAUUGAGACGGCUGGUGGUGUAAUGACCAAGAUCAUCGAGAGAAACGCCAGGAUUCCUUGCAAGCAAUCACAAACUUUCACCACCUAUGCAGACAAUCAACCAGCUGUAACUAUCCAAGUCUAUGAGGGUGAGCGUGCGAUGACAAAGGACAACAACCUCCUCGGUACGUUCGACCUAACUGGUAUUCCACCAGCGCCAAGAGGAGUGCCGAAGAUUGACGUCACAUUUGAUUUAGACGCCAAUGGAAUAUUGAACGUUGCAGCCAAGGAGAACAGCACCGGAAAAUCGAAGAACAUCGUUAUCAAGAAUGACAAGGGUAGGCUGUCAAAGGAAGAAAUCGACAGGAUGGUCAAUGAAGCUGAGCGCUACAAAGAGGAAGAUGACAAACAGCGGGCUCGAGUCAAUGCCAGGAACCAACUUGAAGCAUACAUUUUCAAUGUGAAGCAGGCGGUAGAGGAGGCAGGAUCCAAACUAUCAGAAGUGGACAAGAAUUCAGUGAAGGAGCAGUGCGACAAUACUUUGAGGUGGCUUGACAACAACAGUCUGGCAGAAAAGGAUGAAUACGACCAUAAGCUUCAGGAAGUCCAGAAAGUUUGCAUGCCCAUCAUGAGCAAACUUCAUGGAGCAGGUGGUGGAGCUGGUGCCCCCGGCGCCGGUGGCCCAACAGUUGAAGAAGUCGACUAAACUGCAUUGUAUGUAGCAUCAAUUUUAUUUCUUUUUUCAUCCUAUGUAUUUUUCUCAAGCUCCUCGAUGAAUCACCUACUCAAGUUUUUCAAUCACAUUGUCCAUCUAUGUCUUCAGUUUCAUUCAUUGAAUUGAUGUGUUACUAUCUAAGCCCUCCAAUUUUGUAACCCCUUGAGAGUCAACCUAAAUGCAUUUAUCAGACUUUCCACCCCUCUUGCUUAUUGCAUUGACUGGAUAAUUCGUGCGGAGCAUACUUUUCAUAUUCUUAAUAUUGUUUCUCUCCUGAAGUAAUUUAUUCCUUUUUUAUUGUUGCACCUUCAGAUUUUUCUCUUUGUGUGUAUGCACUAACUAAUGCACUAGCACUUGGCAAUAAGUUUUUUCUUGCUGAAUAACUUUAGUUUAGGUACCUAGCCAGUCUAGUGAAGUACUGAAUUUUCAUAUUAAACUAUCAUUUCUUGAAGACAUUAGUCUUAAAAUGACUAAGAAAGUAUAUCAUCAGAAAGAAGGAGAUCUUUUUGAGGUUUCUCUCUCGGGGGUUUUAUGUUUUGAUAUCUCGUAUUUGGGUGAAUUUUGAAACAAUUUUUUUAAAACGUAACGUAACUCAGGAGGGAAGCGCGUAGGUGCAUAAUACAUCAUCCAAGUUUAAAUGAAUUGACAGUCUUUAAAAAUGAGCCUUCUUUACCUUUAAUUUCUUUUCAUAAUAAUUUAUAGUUAUUUUUCAUUAAUUUAAAUUUUCUCAAUUUUCAUUUCUGUAUUGUAAAUUCAUUUCUUUCUAGUAUUUUUUUACCUCAUUAUUUGCCACUGUCCUAUUUUUUUGCGCUCCAAUGAAAUUCCCUUACCAUGCUUGCGUUCCUCUCAAUUUUUGUGAAAAAUUUCCAUCCUUUAUAUUUACUGUACGCAAAUUAUCCCCCUCCCCCUUCUCUUUGAACCAAGAAAUAUGGAGCUCUUUAUUGAAAUUUCUUAGGCAGAAGAGACCAUUAAUUCUCAAGUGCUGAUUAUAACGUAGACUCCAAUUCUGUACAUGAAGGCACCUGGCACCUACCAUCAGUGAUGUUCAGUCAAAAAACCGAUUUUUAUUAGCUCUUGAACAAAUUUAGUUUCAUUUAAUUGCAUUUUUCUAUUGUUUUCCACAAAGUUUGAGAUGAUUUUAAACUAAGUAUUGUAAAGGUCGUCCGCCUUACUCAUCUCAAUUUCUAUUUUUUUACUGUCUUUUUCAAUGCCGAGGCAUUCGCUCUUAAUAACUCUGUGUCGUUCAUGAGUGGAUGUCCUCUUAGACUGUUAACUUCUUUGUCUGAGAUUGUUUUGUUUCAUAUUGAAAUGUUACUUAGUUCCUCUGAUAAAUUAAAUUGCGCAAUUUAUUUUAUCUUGUUCUGUGUUAAUAAAAUUUUGUAUCUUAUAA